AUGACAGAGAUUAAAAUUCCUUUUACCAAAAAAAAUAUUAGACAAAUUUCCGCCAGUGAACUAGCACCCGGAACCACGGGGCUAGAAUUAGAAAUCCAAACUAGUUUUCAUAUGGAGACUUUGGCGGGUUCCUUAAAAGGCAUAGUUCACGGUCCCAUCCAAGACGCUCCUUUUGAGAAAUUGGUUUUUGUUUUUAAAGAUAAUGCCGACCAGCCCAUUUACGAUGCUCUGUGGGAUAGCAAAAACCAAGAUUUUGAGUUGAAUUUUGAGAAAGAGAAAUCCAAGUUUGCCAGCAUAAUUAAACUGACUGCCACUUCCCAAGGUCCGACCGGACCUAAUGGACCAAAUCCUCCCGUAAACGACCAGCAAAAAAUCCAACAAUUACAAGCCAAAAUUGCCGAAUUAGAAGCCAAAUUACGGCAACAACCUGAUGCUCCGACUAAUGAGGACGACAAAAAGGAAAUCAAAAGAUUACAAGACGAGUUGGACCAAUUAAAGAAGAAAAAAAAUCCUCAGCAACCAGGCCAAAAAAAUAAUUUUCCCUAUGGAUUAGUUAUCGGGGGGGGGGGGGAUAAUAGUUCUUUUAUUAAUUAUCAUUCUGUGGCCGGUGUAGCAUUGACCGGCAACGAAAUAAAAUCAAUUCGCAAUCACCGAGUAGCGAUUGACGAGGCUUAUGUUUUGCCCCAGCAAAAAGAAUUGUAUGUUAUUAAUAUGAAUAUUGCGGCUUAUCAAUAUUCUCAUGCCCGCAGCCUAGCCCAGGCUUGUGAUACUCGGAGAAAAAGAAAAUUGCUUCUCACCAGGCGUGAGAUAAAUAAGAUAAUUGGGAUUAUGAAAGCCAAAAAUUAUGCUCUAAUUCCCCUACAACUUUUUAUCACCAAUAAGGGUUGA